AUGCCCAUCUCUUCCUUCACCUGGGGUCCAGAUAAGCAACGCGUAGUGGUGUGGACCGCGGUUGUCCCGACGAUCUUCUCGCUCGUGGCGGCGCUCGUUGUCCUGGCUCUGGCGUUCGCGAUAUGGCACAACCCUACGACGCGACCCAGCUUGGGCAGGCAGAGUCUGCGGAUGCUGCUGUGGGUGCAGGUCAUGAGUCUGGUGUAUAGCGGGACAUACCUGACCGACGAAAUGUAUGUACCUGCCCUGCUUCUGCGUAACUUCAUCGACUUUACGAUCAUGUUAAUCCCGAUCAACCUCCAGCUCGCCCUCGUCCAUGGCAUCCGUACCGAUGGCUUCGUUCGUUGGUACCUAUUCGCCUCCCUCGGUGCCGCGGUCGUCACCGCUCUUCCUGGAUGCAUCAAGCGUAUCUGGGGGUGGGACCCCGAGGCUCUUAUCUGUUGGGUGACCGCCACCCGUCCGAGCACGCGCACCGCCUGGGAGGUGGGCGCGUUCUACGCGUGGAUCAUCAUCUCCAUGACCGUUGCGAGCAUAUCAACUCUCAUCGUCCUUGGGCAUUUGGUACGCCAUGCGAGAAGCAGGGUGGUGGAGUUCAAAGUAACCUUCGGUGAUAGUGCGGGAAGCGGGGGUGGGAGUGCGAGACGGCAACGGGGGAGUGUGAUAGGAGGUAAUGCGAGGAUCGUGAGACGGGCUGCAUGGAGGAUCUUGUUGUAUCCUAUCAUCCUUGUAAUCAAUAACUGCAUCUCCGCCACCGCCAACUUCCUCAUCACGCGCGACAACGGGAUUGAUUCAUACGGGACAUACGUCGUGUGGGCGGCGAGCGGGUGCGCGUACGGGCUCCUGCCGGGGGCGUAUGCGGUUAUUGCUGUGUUUGUCGACCCUUCCUUCUCCUGUGCACUGCGCACUCUCUUCUCCCCGCCCAAGCGUGAUUCGCUGGACUCGCUGGAGAUGGGGUUCCCGCGCCGUCAGCGUAAAUGCGACUUGGCUGCGACUACGAGGAUCGAGAUCGAGCUGAUUACUCAGGUGGUAAGUGAUGGCGUGCCGGACGACCAGGAGGACGCAAAAGACGGCGUGGGGCGCCAAGAUGAUUCGCCGUCUUCUGCGGCCACAGAUUUGCCGGAGGAUACGAAGAGUCGUGAAGAUGGUCUUCCUGCGCCUCAUGUCGGACGGCCCAGAGGGGCGAGUUGUGUCGGACGCCGGAGGAGACCGAGCGUUUUGCGUGUCGAUACCGAUGAUAGCGACACGACUCGGGUAGAUGCGGAUAUUGUUUACGGAUGGCGUAAUCAUGUUGGGUGUAGAAGACAGGCUCGUGUGCAUAUCGGCGAGUCGACUUGUAGCCAAGCCUGCAACUUGAACGCCGAGUCGUGUCGAAUGUUGAGUUUGGUGUGCUGA